AGCGCCGGGGCGAGGAGCGGAGGCAUUAUCCGCGCGGGAUCUAUUGUUUCCCGGCACCCGGGGAGGGGGAGAAAAAAAAAAAAAGAGAAAAAAACCCAGAGGCAUUUGUGCUCAUCACCCUGUCAUUUGCUCGCUCUCUGCCUUGCGUGGCCCAGGAGCUCGGCUCUUCCCCGGUGCCACACACUCGGGAUCCGCCUGGCAGCCGCCGGGAGCCGCAGCCAAUGUGUUAGGACUUCAGGUGCUUCUUGGCACAAAAGCUAGCCUGCGACCUCCUCCCGUAGCGCUUGGCGUCACCUGCUCUCCCGGCCCUGCCCCGGGGGCCCGAGGGAUUGCGUCCCGAACCGGGCUUGGGAAUCGGCUGCCUCUCAAAUGAGCCCCUAGUCUUGCUUGAAAAAGCCAUUUUGUGUAACUCUUGACUGUGAAUAAAUUUCUAAUACACCUGUUGGGAUCAUCACUGGAAAAGUGUGCCGUUGGAGAGGUCUUACUUGGCCCAUUACUGGGGCUUAGGAAGAGAGGUAUUUUUUUUUCUUUUGUUGUUUUCCCCCCCAUCACUAUGAGCAUUGGCUUUUCAGCCUUGAAGUAAACAUGUUGAAAGCUGAAUCUUCAGGUGAACGAACCACUCUCCGAAGUGCCUCUCCUCACAGGAAUGCAUAUAGAACAGAGUUCCAGGCACUGAAAAGUACUUUUGACAAACCCAAGUCAGAUGGGGAACAGAAAACAAAAGAAGGUGAGGGCUCUCAGCAGAGCCGGGGGAGGAAAUAUGGCUCCAAUGUCAACAGAAUUAAAAACCUGUUUAUGCAGAUGGGUAUGGAGCCCAAUGAGAAUGCUGCUAUCGUCGCCAAAACGAGGGGGAAGGGUAGACCUUCAUCCCCUCAGAGAAGAAUGAAGCCCAAAGAAUUUGUGGAGAAGACGGAUGGCUCAGUGGUUAAGUUGGAGUCCUCUGUCUCAGAACGAAUUAGUAGGUUUGAUACGAUGCACGAUGGCCCUUCCUAUGCUAAGUUCACAGAGACUCGAAAGAUGUUUGAGAGAAGUGUGCAUGAGUCAGGGCAAAAUAAUCGCUAUUCCCCAAAGAAAGAGAAAGCUGGAGGGACUGAACCACAGGACGAGUGGGGUGGCGCCAAGUCCAACAGAGGCAGCAGUGAUUCCUUGGACAGCCUGAGUCCCCGGACUGAGGCUGUCUCCCCAACUGUGAGUCAACUGAGUGCAGUCUUUGAGAACACCGAGUCUCCGGGUGCCAUCAUUUCUGAGAAGGCUGAGAACAGUGACUACUCGGUGACUGGGCAUUACCCCCUGAAUCUACCAUCUGUUACUGUUACCAAUUUGGAUACCUUUGGCCGACUCAAGGAUUCUAAUUCGAGGCCUUCUUCAGACAAACAAGGUGUUGAUGCAGAGGAUGCUGAGAAGAGUAAUGCUGUUCUAGUACCGGAAGUGGCUCAGAAAGGUACCUGUCUGGCUUCAUUGCCUGGUGAAGAGAGACAGCCGAGCACAGAAGCUGAGGACUUCACAUCUCACCCAGAGUCUCCGGAGAGCAUCGACAAAGACAGUCCUGAAGAACCCUCUGCUGAAAACCAGGCAAUGCCAAAGUCUGAUAUCUUUUCACCACGAAACGAACAGUUAGGAGCUGCCGAGGCUAAUGUGGUUGGGAGUGAGACAGCAGUGCCACAGAAGAAGGAGCUUACAGGUGGUGACCUGACCUCUCCCGAUGCGUCUGCAUCCAGCUGUGGAAGAGAAGUACCUGAAGACUCAAAUAAUUUUGAGAGUUCCCACGUAUACAUGCACAGUGACUAUAAUGUAUACAGGGUGAGAUCCAGGUACAACUCAGACUGGGGAGAGACAGGCACAGAGCAGGACGAAGAGGACGACAGUGAUGAGAACAAUUACUAUCAGCCCGAUAUGGAAUACUCUGAAAUUGUUGGGUUGCCUGAAGAAGAAGAAAUCCCAGCAAAUAGGAAAAUUAAGUUUAGUUGUGCUCCGAUUAAGGUUUUCAACACAUACUCCAAUGAAGACUAUGACAGGAGAAAUGAUGAAGUUGACCCUGUGGCUGCCUCUGCUGAGUAUGAACUUGAAAAGCGAGUAGAAAAGCUGGAACUUUUCCCGGUCGAACUGGAGAAAGAUGAGGACGGGCUCGGCAUAAGCAUUAUUGGAAUGGGAGUUGGUGCUGACGCUGGACUGGAGAAGCUGGGGAUAUUUGUCAAGACAGUGACAGAUGGAGGUUCUGCUCAGCGGGAUGGCAGGAUCCAAGUCAAUGACCAGAUUGUGGAAGUGGAUGGAAUCAGCCUGGUGGGCGUCACACAGAAUUUUGCUGCAACUGUUCUGCGAAAUACCAAGGGAAAUGUCAGGUUUGUUAUUGGGCGAGAAAAACCAGGACAAGUGAGCGAGGUUGCCCAGUUGAUAAGCCAGACCCUGGAACAAGAGAGGCGCCAGAGGGAGCUGCUGGAGCGCCACUAUGCCCAGUAUGAUGCUGAUGACGAUGAGAACACUGUGGCUGAAUUACAAGGAAUGUCUGGCAACUGCAAUAACAAUAACAACCGUUUCCUUAAGACUGGAGAGUAUGCCACUGAUGAAGAAGAGGAUGAGGUCGGCCCCAUUCUUCCUGGCAGUGACAUGGCCAUUGAAGUCUUUGAGCUCCCUGAAAACGAGGACAUGUUUUCCCCAUCUGACCUGGACACCAGCAAGCUCAGUCACAAGUUCAAAGAGUUGCAAAUCAAACACGCAGUUACAGAAGCAGAGAUUCAAAAAUUGAAGACCAAGCUGCAAGCGGCAGAAAAUGAGAAAGUAAGGUGGGAACUAGAAAAAAACCAACUUCAACAGAAUAUUGAAGAGAAUAAAGAAAGAAUGCUGAAGUUGGAGAGCUACUGGAUUGAGGCACAGACAUUAUGUCACACCGUGAAUGAGCAUCUCAAAGAGACUCAAAGCCAGUAUCAGGCCUUGGAAAAGAAAUACAACAAAGCAAAGAAGCUGAUCAAGGAUUUUCAACAAAAAGAGCUCGAUUUCAUCAAGAGACAGGAAGUAGAAAGAAAGAAGCUAGAAGAGGUGGAAAAGGCUCACCUGGUGGAAGUCCAAGGCCUGCAAGUGCGGAUUAGAGAUUUGGAGGCUGAGGUGUUCCGACUGCUGAAGCAAAAUGGGACCCAAGUUAACAACAACAACAAUAUCUUUGAGAGAAGAACGUCUCCCGGGGAAGUCUCGAAGGGAGACAUGAUGGAGAAUGUGGAAGUCAAGCAAACAUCCUGUCAGGACGGCUUAAGUCAAGACUUCAACGAAGCAGUGCCUGAGACAGAGCGUCUAGAUUCGAAAGCACUGAAAACUCGGGCCCAGCUCUCUGUGAAGAACAGGCGUCAGCGGCCCACGAGGACGCGGCUCUAUGACAGUGUCAGCUCGACUGAUGGGGAGGACAGCCUGGAGCGAAAGGGUUGGAGAGUUUCUUCUCCAGAAUCAGAGUCUGGCGUCACACUCCUCACCCCUGUGGCUAGCCAUAGGGCCUUCUCAUCUCCCCACAUGACUGAGUCUCAAGAAGGAUCACAGCAGCCAGAAAGGGACCCUUUCUCCUCUGUCUCGGGAGACACUUCGCCCUCCUCACCUUCAAAAUCUGAUCACGAUCAGGAAGAUUCUCCUUGCCACCGCCAAGCCACCAAGAAAACACUACAAGAGAAAGAGGAUGCCAAUUCUCCUAAGUCACUAAGAUCAUCUAGUUCAUUCGUGGUACAAGGAGGAAAAUUUAAGCAGAAGUUUGUGGAUCUGGGGGCACCUUUGCGAAGGAACCCCAACAAGGGGAAGAAGUGGAAAGAAAAAGAAAAGGAAGCCAGUAGGUUUUCUGCAGGUAGCAGAAUCUUCAGAAGCAAGUUGGAAAACUGGAAAGCCAAGCCACCCUCCGCAGAUCAGCCCUCUGCUCGCUCUCCUUGCAUGCCCUUCUCCUGGUUUAAUGAGAGCCGGAAAGGAUCCUAUUCCUUCAGGAACCUGCCUUCAGCUCCAAGUCCCCCUCAGCCUUCUCCUGAGACUCUAAUUUCAGAUAAAACAGGGUCCAAGAAUUUCACCUUCAAUGAUGACUUCAGCCCAAGCAGUACCAGUUCAGCAGACCUGAGCGGUUUAGGAGCAGAACCCAAAACGCCAGGGCUCUCCCAGUCCUUGGCCCUGUCCUCGGAUGAGAGCCUGGAUAUGAUAGAUGAUGAGAUCCUAGAUGACGGGCAGUCUCCCAAACACAGCCAGACUCCCAGUCGGGCUGUUCAUGAGUGGAAUGUGCAGCAGGUUUCGCACUGGUUAAUGAGCCUAAAUCUGGACCAGUAUGUGUCUGAAUUUAGUGCUCAGAACAUCACGGGGGAGCAGCUCCUGCAGCUGGAUGGAAACAAACUGAAGGCUCUUGGGAUGACAUCAUCCCAGGACCGGGCACUGGUUAAAAAAAAACUGAAGGAAAUGAAGAUGUCUCUGGAGAAGGCUCGGAAGGCCCACGAGAAAAUGGAAAAACAAAGAGAAAAACUGAGGAGGAAGGAACAAGAGCAAAUGCAAAGGAAGUCAAAAAAGUCAGAAAAGAUGACUUCCACAGCAGAGAGCAACAGUGAGCCGUAAUACCUAGCCUACUGCAGUAGGUGGGAAAGCUUGAGAGAAGUCCCGCCCCUUCCUGACCCCCUUCUCCAGCAGAGGAUGAAGAUGAAACUGUUGGGGAGAAUGCCAGUGUAGGUGGUCCAAAGAACUGUGUGUUGAAUGCACUCUUAAUUUUAACCUCCUAAAAUAACCCCUAGCCACCACCUUUGGUUUAUUAACAGACCAGAAAUCCCACUUUUCUCCUCUGCCUACCAGCAUUCCGUGCUGGGUUAAAGUGCGGGGUGCUUCUUGGAGGACCACCCUGACCAACUAAUGAGAGAAGGACUCACUCUGGCGUUGUGAGUGGAGUGCCCAGAACUUUCAGUGAGAGCCCCUGAAGGCGAGACAGUAACCUGUUAGUGUGUUGAGGGUCCCUGCCUCGAGAGGGGGGAGCUGUGCUGCAGAGUCUAGGACAGUGGGUAUGUGGGAAAGGCACCCCUCAAUUCUGACUGUACAGUGAGUCAGUCAUCGUGGAGAGGUGGGUGCCCAGCUGAGGUGAAGAGAGGAAUCAGAAAGAGAGAAAAAAAUACAGUUGUUGGUUAACUCUAGAGGAAAUGGAAAGGCCUUAAGAACGUAGAUGUGGGCCUUGGAGGCCGACAUUUUCCUCCAAGUAUUGCUGAACAAAGAAGGAAACGUCAGAGCGUCCCAUGGAUGCUGGGAUCUGCUGCUCCGUUGGCCGGCGCUGCGAGCCCAGUGUUUCGGCAGCGCUGGCAUGCACAGCACAGCUCCCUUUCCCCAGCAAACUGAACAGGAAAUUGAUUUUUAAGGAAACCAACAUUUUCAGGUUUCCUCUCCUGGGACCUCCCAGCUGGUCUUCAGCCUGCCUGUGACACAAUCAGGAACUUGUCACAUAUUUUCUACUCAGAAUUUCCCAAGUGGGCUCAGUUAGUGUUUUAACAAAUGUACUUUUAAGAACUUAAAACUAGAAAUACUGGUUAGAGAUUGAGAUUUGAGUAACAGUCAACCAGAGAACUUUUUUUUUCAGCACACAUAGUUCUUUCCUGUGAAGGACAGCCAUCAUUUGCAUUUUAGAGACAUGGAUGACUUUUCUAAGCCAUUCUUUUCCACAUUCUAGAGAGUUCCAGGUUUAAGACAGUACAUGGAAUGGACCUUGACAGUGCAAGAGCUGAUAUACUUCCUUAGGGCCAGUAUUAAGGAUCACAGUAUUUCACCAACUUGAGUUGAGUGCAGGACACUGGGGCAGGAGGAGAAAAGAAACUCAUCUUGAGACAUUUCAUACCUUGGGGGCUUUUAUUUAUGUGCUUGCCUUUAGUUUUGCUUUUUUUUAUGGUUAUGUAUCUAACACAUUACUGCAUUGACUCUAAAAAAAAGUGACAUCAUCUACUUUAUGAUGGACAAAUUUCAAAGUAGAGCUGGAGGUCAGAUGACUCCUUGGACUUCAGCAAGCUUUAACCCACCAGGCCCUUCCACUGUCCACAGCCUGUGUGUGUCUCCCUCAGAGGCACAGGUGUGAGGGCCUGCUUCAGGCUGUGGCAUUACAACAGGUGUCCGCUAGGGUAGGGCUCGGCUGCCAGCAUGGCCUCACCUUGUAUCUCAACAGUGUGACUUUUCAUUUUAAUUGUUAUUUUUAUUUUUGAAACAUACAACUUCUGACACCAUCUGAACUAGAGACUUAACCCUGUUCUUUCUCCCACGACCUACGUCCUUUUCUGCCCCAGAGCCCUGCUGUUCAGUCUUGGUCCUUCUGGUACAGACCCAGUGUGAAAAGCACGACGUGGCAGUAGCAUUGUGCUCCGCAGCCACCAGCCCUGCUUCAUGGUUCCGACCUGGAGUAGGGUACUGGGUGCCUGUGUGUCUUCAGAUGCCUGACGCUUUGCCAUUUACAAAUAUUUUGGGAAACCAUGAGACACAUUGCUGAACUACAAAUUUAGCAAAUCUUUCCUAAUACCAGAAGACUAAGCAAAAAUCUGGCACUACUAACACUUGCAAUUGUAAAUUUCAGCCGUUUAUUUUUUCUUUUCUUUGGGGAGGGAAAAAAAAAUGAACAGACCUGGAUUGCACUGGAAGCUUCUCUGUGUUCAUUUUCAAGAGUGAAAACAGAAGGAUGAUCAUUUUAAGUUGUGUUUACACUUUGAUGAUAGUUGAAAAUGAAUGUAUAUAUUGGAAAUGUCUAUAAGUCUGUCUCUGCCUGUAACUUAUGAUCUUAGAUUGCAUUUCUUAAAUACAAUGUUCCAACUAUAAUGUUAUUAACACUCAGUGCUUGGAUCAGCAUUCAUCUGACAGUUACAAAUCAAAUUCAUAGUUCUUACAUCAUUUAUGUUUCAACUAUUUUGAUUUCUUUAGUUAAGUUAUUGCAAUCUUAGACCAAAAUGAUCUUUUUUUAAUAUUGCUACUUAAAACUGGUAAAAUUGUAAAAGGCUCUUGAUCACAUUGUUCAGCAAAGGACAAAACAUAAACUGGUUGACACAGCGUGGAAACAAAGUGAAGGAACUCAGACCUUGUGAGCAUCUUGAUUUCCUGUUAGUUCCUUUAUUGACUGUGCUGCCUGAUAAUAAUUGAGUUUCCGACAUCUUGCACAAUUUCUGCUUUAAUGCUGUAGUUUUCAGGGUUUAUAUAGGAUUUUGGAGGGUUUUUAAGUUGGCAACACGUGAACAAAAAGGGAAUGUCAACAUACUAUGAAGGAUAAGAGGACCCAUCAGUAAGCAAGUGUUUUGGGUACAAGUCAUGGUUGGGAGUGGGGGUCCCUGGUGAGGUCCUGGCCUGGGUAAAGAGCAUUGUAGGAGUCAGGGCUCCAUUAACGGAUUUGGUAAUUGGUUGCUGAGCUUAAGCCACCUCCUCCAGCAUGACCCUUCAGUACACAGUCAGUCCUUCCUCCUCCCCAGAGUCAGAAGAGCCCUGUCAGAGCAGAAACCAUUCUUUAUCCACGUCAGUGCUCUCAUAAAGCCUGCUCUUCGUACCUCGAACACAAAGCUGUUCUGGGGGGACCUGCCAUCCUUUAGUUGGGGUUGACACGGGCUUUCCACCUCAUGUAGACUAUUACAGUCCCACACUACGUGAUUACAGUAUGGUAGGCGCUAAUGCUGAACUCAGCGUCUAACAGGCACAAAAUGGGAACACUUACCUGUAUUCCUUUAUUUUUGGAAGUGAAGUGGCAUAGGAGAAGUGAGGACCCCUGCUACUGUUCAUGCCGGGCAGUGUUCAUCCUGAGAUCUUAACUACCUUAGGCCUAAGCUACAGAAAUCUCCACAGGUCAGAUGUAGCACCUGGGCCUCUAGGGACUAAGCUGAAGAUGAAGAAUUCUCCUUUAGGAUUAACUUGUGCCUGAAAACUAAAUAAGAAGUAAACAAAUUGCAUUUUUACAGCUAUUUCAAGUCAUUUAUAAACAUGGAAAGUUAGAUAAAUUUCAGGAGGACCAAUCAGCAUUUAGCAAGGAUCAAGAUGAUUCUGGAGGAGAGAGGGCAAACGAUUCUACAAGAAACGUCUGUACAGUGGAUAUUGCCCUGUGAAACAAUGAGAUAUUUAAGAAUUACCAAAUUCCAUUAAAGUCCAAUGAAAGUCUCUUCCCACAGAGCUGGUGAUAAGGAACACCUCACUUUUGGGGACAGGCAUUGGUAGACUUUGUGUCACUUGCUUAAUCGCCAAGACCCUCGUGCUACUUGGUGAAAGGUAAUUAGGAAAUGACAGGGCUAGUUUUCACGUGCUUGGGGUUUUUUUGUUUUGUGUUUUUUUGUUUUUGUUUUUUUUUUUACUUGCUUUGAGUCCGGGCUCUGCCUAUCUCCAGUUCUAAAGUGGAGCUGGAGGUGAGGUCAAAAGUAAAGUAACUGCUUUUCUCCAAAACUGUUCUCACUGUGAAAGAAUACAGGGGGGUGGUCUCAAGACAGCAUUACAGGAAAUCUGUGUCACCUGUUUAGUCCUGAAAAUUAGACUGUGGGUGCAGGCUGAUCGUGUUUGCUUUUGUCUUGAAUAUUUAAAGUCCCAUGAAACUUAGCCUUGAUCCAAAACACUGGAGGAAAAAUAGCAUCAAAGAAAACACAUUUUAAUAACUUGAAGAGUAGCAUUGAAGAAGCUGGAAUGACCACUUGGACGGAAAAGGAAAAGCCUACACAAUAAAUCAUACCCUGGAUAGGAACACCAGUUCCAUUUGUGGGAGGCCCAGGGUCCUCGCCUGUUUGUGCAUGGGUGUCUGUGUGGGAACCUCAGAGAAUGUCCGUCACUCAAGGCACCAAUCUGUAAGCACCUGGACCUGUUUCUCUAUCCUGAGAGUAGGGGGCCAAAGAAGCUCCGUGCUUCCCAGCCCUUGACCCUACCCACCCCAGAUCGUUAGAGAUCCAGCAAUGUGCAGGACAGUGCAAGGAGUAAGAGAACAAGCCACAAAUUCUCAGUUAUGUGCAUGCCACUUGUGUAGGUGUCAGAGCUGUGUGUGUGUGAAUAUAGCUCCCACCUUACACACACAUAUAUACCAUAAGCACAUGGCAUAAAAAUAUACCAUCCUUGGACUACAGUGAUGUUAGUUAGGACCCUGGGCUGUAAUCAUAGCCUAUUGCCACUUCUGUGUUGUGUAUACAUUGAAUGACUCAUAGAUUUUAAGAGGUUUUGUGUUUUGUUUUGUUUUUUUUAAUGUAAGUAUCCUACUAAAUGCACUUACGCUUCUAAAUGUUUAUAUAUUUUGGUAAAAUUGAUUUAUUAGAUCUUUGGUAUUGUAUUUUACUAAGAUAAAUCUUCCUCAAAUGUUUGCUUAAUGCUUUGCUGUCGAGAUUGCACAUUCUUUAGUUAGAACUCAGAAGAUACUAUGCAGCUUUGGGCAUUCUCAACUGCGGAUCGCAGUUUCCUUGACUAAAUUGCACUGUGCGUUCUCGUGUACCAACCCUCACCUCUGAAACGAGAGCGUCCGCAGCCAUGAUGCUCCCAUCACGAACUACUGGCUCUCCGGUGGCAGCAUUUCUGUCGUGUGACCACCGUUGACUUCCUAUGCCAUCAGCUUGAAAUGGCAUUUUGUUUCCCACCAAAAAUAACACAAUGGGUUAUGAGUAUAUGUUGUUGGAAGGUGUGUACAUUCAUUUCCUUCAGCUGUUCUAUGCACGCACGCAAGUUUCUUGUUAAGGACUUACGCAUUCCUUCAUGAAAGAACAAUUGGCCAGAAAUACCCUAAAUUGUCUUUACAGAAUGAAGCAGGAAGUGAUGCUCAGGCUAGAUAACACCUUCCAACGGCAUCAGGUUCACUCAGUGAUUAACAAAGUCUUGGAACAUGCGUAUGUAUACACGCCUUGCUAUUAUUUAAUGUCAUAGCUACUGCUUUUGGAUUUUUUAGUGACGUUUUGAUGAAACCACUUGGACAUUUGCUAUAUAUCACUGACAAGACCAGGCAGCUGAACACUACAGGGAGAAUAAAAUUCUGUUCUACUGUAAGAUUUGAUUUGUUUUCCUCUUUCCAUAUAUAUUGCUAAAGGGAAAGUGGUUCAAAAAUGAUCUGAGUCAGGUAAGUAUGAAUAGCAUAUUACCUGAAACUUUUAACUUGUACAUUUUGCUGUCUGAUCAUUUGCAUGGAAGAGACAAAAGUGCCACCUCUGAUCUGUUCUCUGGUGCCUGAUCAGUGUAUGCUGUUUCAAAUGGCAUUCCGUACUCUUUGGUUUUCAGAGGCGUUCAAAGCUAACUAUACCUUCAGUGGCCCAUUGUUUUCUGACCAUCUAAAAAUACCUGUGAGUAAAUUUAAUUUGCUAGUGUAAAUACAUUUCUUGCCAAUGAGUAUUAUUGUUGUUAGGUAAUGAAUGCAAUAAAAGGAAAUACAGAGAUC